AUUUGUUUUCCUGUGACACAGUGGCGACAGCCCGUUGUAGCUACAGCUAACAGAGUGGAUUUGUUGACGUGAAUCUAAUUGUAUUUAACUUCUGUAUUUCCCGGGUUGAGUGAGGACUGUCGCCAUGGAGCCGGCCUGCCGCAAGGACAAGCCAAAGUUGAACUCCACCCCGACCAGAGGAGACCGAGCUAAACACAAAUCUGCACAGCAAGAGCUCAAGCAGAGACAGAGAGCUGAGAUCUAUGCUUUGAACAAGGUGAUGACAGAGUUGGAGCAGCAGCAGUUUGAGGCCUUUUGUAAACAAAUGCAGUCACAGGGAGAAUAGAGAGACCUGAUUCACUGCCUUCUCCUUCCAUCCACACCAGGACUUGUCUCCCCGUACAGCGACUGAGUUUGUCUGUUUACUCCUUACAUUGAAAUGCAGCCUGAUUGUGUUUUCUGUGACCCCUGGGAUUUUAUUAUUGGAGGGUUUUUUUGCCAGAAUUACGUGACAAAUACAAAUUUUAUCAAGAUUAUUGUCAAUAAUUAGAGGGUGGCCACAACAAAAUGUGUAGUGUUAAAAAACAAACAGACUGAAUAUAUUACAAGUUACCGUCCAUCCAUUGAAAAGAUUUGCAACAUUUUGUUUGAAUUAUUAUCCUGUUCUACAGAGAACUGCUGUCUUCCAAAAUGAUCAGAAUGACAAAUAGAAAUCAAAUGUUUGCCUAAAAAUGUACAAAAAACAACUAAGAGUGUCAUUAAAGUACCAGGUGAAUACAAGUAGUAAUAUCUCUAAAAUCGUAACGGUAAUGAUUGACCUUUCUUUCACUGUCAACCCUUUUCAACAUUUCAGUAAUGCUUAAACUGAGCUUAAACAGUGCCUGUAUUUUAACUGACAUUUCACAAACUGCCCAAUGACAAAAGUAAAUUUUAAUCUACUUUUUGCAACUUUAGUAUCCAACACUUGUAUGUGAAAGGUCCAUUAGGAUAAGAUCUAGAACUUAAACCCAACAGGAUGGCAGGAAGGCAGCCAAACAGCCAUUCUGGGACGACUUUGGCAAUUCCACAUGUGGUAUUUGAACCUAACAACCCAUUUUGGCUCACACAAAGAACUAGUUGUCACAUGUCUGAUUAAAACAGAAGCGAUGAGGACAGUUAAUGCCAGUAAGCUCUUAUGCCUGUUCCAGCUGUUUACCAAAGGAAACAGACAUGUGAUACAAUGUGUAUAUGGAGUUAACCUGAGUCUGUACCCCGUCUUUUUCCUUGUGACAGCUGGGAUUGGCACCAGCAGCCCUGUGACCCUCAUGUGGAGGAUGAAGCGUUAGACGAUGACUGGAUGGAUUUAAAACAAAAAAAAAGACCUAACCUUUUUGAUUGUAAAACACCUGUGCCCUUAAAGCAUAGUAGAAAACAAGUUGUUGAUUAUUACUGAGCCGUGGUAUGUCAUACCCUUAACUUGAAAAUGUACUUUAAUAAAUGUUCUUUUUUUGCUUGUGUUUACAGGACAUCACAUUGCCUUUUUCCAAAUAUGAAAGUUUCCUAAUCUUGCAAAGCUUCUGAAAGAUUCACAACUCUACUAAACAUUAGAUGCAGCAUUACAGAGUUAGUGUUUCAGCUGGGUCUCACUGUAUCUCGUGAGGCAGAAGGUUGUACAUGAAACUGCUCAAUAGCACCGCAGCACCAGACUGAAGAAUGGAGCGAGUAAAGGCAAAUCGUCUCUGAAUAUAACAUACUCACGUUGUGUAUGUUUUGUCUUUUGUUAUAUGACUGAAUGUUACAUACGUGUCAUGAGCUCAGAUUAGCUUUUUUAAUCCUAUUUUUAUAGACUUCAGGACAGUAAUAAUUGCCAAUUGACCUGUAUUGGACUGAUAUUGAAUAUUGAUCAACUCAUCCCUAUUCAAAUGAUCACAAUAAGUAAAUGUACACAGCUGGGACUGUUUACAAACAAGUGGUUAAAUUUGCUGGUUUAUUUGCCUGAUUCACCUCCAAAUUAUUUGCAACUUUGUGUCAUUUCUUGAUGUUGCUGUGAGGAUGUAAACAGAGUCCAGAUCAGGAGCAGAAGUAGUUAGUUAUUAGUUAUUAUAGGAUUAAUGAUCAAUAACACAAGAAAAAAUCCUACUUUAAUGGAGCCUCAAGCUGAACACUUUAAGAAAACAUGUUUCACCUCUAUUUAAAGCUGAUGUCUUCACAGUAUCUAUUCUGUUUCACGCUGUCAGAAAGUGUAAUGUGAGUUAUACAUUACAAGUAAACGACUGAAAAUAAAAAUUCUUUUAAAUAA